UAGGCGCAUUUGCUGUUCUCUCACUCAUUACCACAUUACCUCUCUGUCGGACUCUCUCUCUGUCUACAUCACCAUCCCUCAACCUUCCUCCUGACAAGCAUCUAAGACUUUUCUUUUCUCUGUACUACUUUGUGGAUCCAGGGUAACACCCAGUCAAAGCAACAUUUUGUAUGUGUGGGAACACAGAUGAGACAGCAUGGACCUGGUGACCUGGCUUGUGGCUGUUUUGCUCUCACUGUGGCAGUGCAUAGAAGGCGUGGGAGCUGCCAAGGAAUGGACAUAUGCAGAAGAUGCAGGUCAGUCUGAAUGGCCAGUUUUGUUCCCUGAGUGUGGUGGGUCCUCUCAGUCCCCCAUCAACGUGAACACUUCCAAAACUUGGUACGAGCCAUCCCUUCCUGAGUUACGGCUUCUGGGAUAUGAGCAGUAUGGCCAUGAACCUUUCACACUCUCCAACAAUGGCCAUACAGUGGAGAUCCCAUUGCCAAGUUGGAUGGGCUUGGCUGGUUUGCCAUGGCAAUUUAGUGCUGUUCAGCUCCACCUGCACUGGGGAAAUGGAGUGAGUGUGGCUACAGGAAGCGAGCAUAGCAUUGAUGAACAGAGUGCUUCCGCAGAGCUCCAUGUAGUCCACUAUAAUUCCGAGUUGUAUUCUAAUAUUUCUGAAGCUAAAACCCAAGAAAAUGGCCUGGCUGUUCUCGCAGUGCUUAUAGAGGCAGGUGACGAGACCAAUCAGGCAUAUGCUAACAUCUUGAACUACCUGGGCCGCAUCAGGUAUGCAGGUCAGAGGGUGCUCAUUCCAGCAUUUGACGUGGGGACCCUGCUCCCCAGAGACCUGAGCUGUUAUUUCCGCUACACUGGCUCACUCACCACACCUCCAUGCCACCAGAGUGUGCUGUGGACUAUUUUCGGUGAGAAGGUCAAGAUCUCUCACUCCCAGUUGCUGAAGUUGGAGACAGUGCUGUACUCCAGUAGACCUGGCUCUCCCAACCCCAAGCCACUACAGGACAACUAUCGCACCACACAACCACUCAACAACAGAACAGUGCUCUCCUCCUUUAUCCCUGUUUCUGCAAAUAUCUACACAGCUGGUGAAAUCUCAGCCAUUGUAGUGGGCUGUCUGUGUGGCUGUGUAGGCUUGGCCGUGAUUGUUCACUUCAUCUUAAAGAAAAUUCGCUCGAUGUCAAGCUGGGACGUCCUGUCCAGCGUUCAACUGCCUCCCCAGCACAGAACUAAGGACACAGCAAGGGACGUGGCAUUAAGGACGACAUCUGACCCUGGGAAAAAUGAAGAGGCCACCCCACAAACUUUCCCAGUCUGCCCCAUUUAACCAUUGAGUCAGACUCGAAAUAGACCUCCAUUUUUGGUCUAUAUAAAAU